AUGUUCCCUUCCGCGCCGGCCCUCAAAGAAAUUAUCAGCGCGCCCUUCAAGCGCUCCCAGCUUGGUCUCUUCCAUGGCAAGAUGAAGCAGUACGGCAACAAUGUUCCCUUCUCGAUGCAGAAAACGCGGCGCACCUGGUUGCCCAACAUCCAGAACAAGCGCUUCUUCUCCGACGCAUUGCAGGAAUUUGUACAGGUGAAAGUAUCGACGCGGGCGCUGAAGACGAUCAACAAGUAUGGCGGCAUCGACACAUACCUGCUGAAGACGAAAUCUGACCUCCUCGGUUGGGAGGGAAUGCGACUGCGCAUCAUGGUACGGGAGCGGAUAUCCAGUCGCCAACAACAAGCAGAUUCUCCUGCACAAGCCUCGUCAUGACUUUAGCCCAUGAAGACGUCUUGUCCUCUUGUUUACUGUCUUAUCCCAUAUCAAUGGGUACCCGACCGCGCAAUCUGGAUGUGCCAGGAUUUCGAAUGCCUAAUGAUGAAUGUGCGAUGUCGCAACGUUCCUCGGCCUUCUUGCCAAUAAAGGGGCAACUUUGGGCUUCUGUGUGUAUGCGCUGUCCUCAGAAGAGUGCAUAUUUUAGGCACAGCGCUAGUAAUGAAUGACUAGCGAUAUACCACAGCAGUUCAAUGAAUGAAGCCAAAUUUGUCGCGGUA